UCACCUUCCCUCCUCAUAAUCCUCCUCGGUUCCCACCACCACCAGAAGACUAACAGAGAAGAAAUCAAAGAGAAAAGAGGAGUCAUUGGGAGAAUGUCCCUCAAAGAAUCCCCCGACGAGAUUACCGGCCAGAGCGCCCUUCCUAUCGCACGGAUCAAGAAAAUCAUUCAGCUUGACGACGAUAUCGUGCAAUGCUCGAGUAAUGCCACUUUCGUGAUUGCCAUGGCUACUGAACAAUUCAUCCAACACCUAACAGCACAAGCCCACAACGUCGUCAAGUCCGAGCGCAAGCCCCGCAAAGGCAUCCAAUACAAAGACCUCGCAACGGCAGUCUCCCGAAUCGACAACCUCGAGUUCCUCUCCGACGUCAUCCCCAAGACAACCACCUAUAAACAAUUCAAGGAGAAGCGUGGUCGUGAUUCAACCGCCACUGGGCCCAACAUCGAUAUUGAGAAAGGGCAGCGCACGCUAAAUGGGGCUGCUGGAGAUCGACAGUCUACACUCGAUGACGCUGCGCUGGAGGAGGAGCUGGAGGGGCGGGGACAGGAAGAGCAGGAUCAUGAGGAGAGCAGUCCGCGCGCUCCGGUCGUGAUGCAUGCUUCUGGGGCGGUUAGUACGUUGGUUGUUGAUCGGGGGGUGGAGGGGAGGCAGAAGAAGAGGCAGAGUGGGGGUGGGGAUGAGGAUGUUGAGAUGAUGGGUUGAUUUUCUUUGUUUUGGGCUUCUUGCUUUACCUAUUGUUUAUUUGGUGGGUGGAGUUGCUGGAGUUGAAAAGCG